CUUCGAUCAACCUGCCCCACGACGCAGUGGUAGGACAGAACUUGCAGACCUGCCAGGCUUGGUAGGUCGGGAGGGUACUUGGCACACCAUUUCGCAGCACAACUUGCAGCCAGUGGUCUCAGAGAGCCGAAAUCCGGCCUCGAUCAUCUGCCGCGUGAGCAGUGAGGGGGCUAGAGGGAGCUAAGAUGUGCGAGUGUCACCCAUAUGAGCAUGUUGUGUCCAGAUUCUGUAGCAGGAUAGCGAAGCUAGAGAAGCAGACGUCGCUCUUUCUCAUUUUCUUUUCCCUCAUCAACCGUCUACAGUCGACGGCGCAUACUGCACAAGUUAUUUAGAUUUAGGGAGAGAUCCCACAGUCCCCCGUUUGCCAGCAUCCUCCCCCGACGUCAUCCGAUAUCAAUAACAUGCCGGCUUGGCAGACGAGCUGGGGCAUGGGCGUCUCAAAGGCGACCUGGCGCCUCCACUGUUUCUGUCUUUUUCUCGCGCUUGGCUCUUUUGUCUGGGGGUACAACGUCGGCGUCUUGGCAUCGGUCCUGGUGCAUCCUGGCUUCAAGGAGACACUCGACAACCCCGACGCUUCCAAGAGCGGCCUGAUCACGGCCAUCUACUACCUUGGCACCUGGACCAGCUACAUCUUCUUUGCCCACCCGGCUGCAGACAGACUUGGCCGCCGCUAUGCUGCCCUGACCGGCAUGUUCGUGACGUGUCUUGGUCAGGCACUCCAAGUGGGUGCCUCCGGACCCAGCGCUCUCGCUAUGAUCAUUGCCGGCCGUAUCAUCGCCGGCAUGGGCACCGGUAUCAUCUCUACCAGCGUGCCUCUUUAUCAAAGUGAGAUCGCUCCGGCCAAGCAUCGCGGUAAAUAUGUCGUUAUGAAUCAUAUUGGAUUUGUUGCAGGCCUCGCCAUGGGCUUCUGGGUCGGCUACGCCGUGACAUUCUGGGACACCCCAAACGGCCACGAAAUGGGAUGGCGCUUGUCGCUUGCCAUCUCUUUCAUCCCUGGCUUUUUUUUCGUCCUGGGUCUCCCAUUCAUGCACGAGUCGCCUCGCUGGCUUGUAGAGCACGGCCAGAGUGCCGCUGCCUCAAAAACGCUCCAGUUCUACCGCGAGGGCUAUUACAGUGCCGAUGAAGUUGAAGCCGAAUUGGCCGAAAUCGAGAACUCGGUAGCUGCUUUCAAGGCCUCAGGUCUGACUUGGAUCUCGCUCUUCACGGACCCCAGCCUCUUUGCCCGGCUAUGGCGGUCUACCCUGUUGCAGUUUAUGGCUCAAAUGUGUGGUGCUACGGCUAUGAAGUACUAUCUGCCGGUUCUCUUCAAAGCGCUAGGGCUCGGCUCUCGGCUGUCGUUGCUGGCCGGCGGUAUUGAGAGCACGCUAAAAAUCGGGUGCACUGUGCUGGAGAUGGUGAUCAUUGACAAGUUUGGCCGGAGACUCACGCUUGUAGUGGGCGCCGCCGUUAUGGCCUUUGCACUCUUGAUCAAUGGCGCCCUUCCUCUAGUCUACCCAAAUAACGUGAACAGGGCCUCAGAUUACACCUGUAUUGUCUUCGUUUUCAUCUACUCGCUUGGGUACAGCAUGGGGUUUGGCCCGGCAGCCUGGGUCUACGGAUCUGAGAUCUUUCCCACGGCAGCCCGUGCUCGUGGACUCAGCUUUGCUGCCUCAGCCGGCGCCAUCGGCUCCAUUGUGGUUGCACAAAUCUGGCCCAUUGGAAUUGCCACCAUCGGCUCCAAAAUCUACUUCUUCUUUAUGGCCAUAAACCUGAUAUGUGUUCCAAUCAUCUACCUUCUGUAUCCCGAAACAAACGGGCGUCGACUCGAAGAUAUGGACGUCCUGUUCGGGGGAAACCCUGCCGUCUAUCCGACCCACCUUCUUGACCAAGACGUUGACGAUACUCGCGGCCUCGUGCCAAAAAACAUCUCAGGCCAAUCACGCGGAUCUGGAGCCUGACCAGCCUAUAUAAUUUCAAAGUCGGGUCCUCGAAUAGCAAGUCGAACUUUUCUAGUCGGGUUCGCUGCUACCCGCCUGGUUAAUUAGUUAUGUGGUUCCAGAGUCCAGAUUAUCUGAUGGUAACAUAAGAUGGAACGGAUGCCUGUCAUGCAGGAAUUGCUCAUGUAAUUAAACGUUUGAUUGUGGCAUUGUUGCGCCUAAUUUGAAUGUUAUCGGGUUCCAAGAAGAAGGUUUUGAAGACUUUACCCAAGCAUAGACACCUUAUUGCUAUUUAUUAUUUCAGAACUCAUGUGUCAUUCAGGGCCCUGGGGAGGUUCUGGGCUUAACCGGAACCACGUGGUGGCUAGCAUAACUGUUUUGCACAAUGACUAGUACUGGUAUUUCGAG